AUUGGCAAUGUGAUCAAACGAUGUCGCUUUACAUUGGUCGCGAGGCUUCAAAGCUAUGGAAAAGAAUUUGUGCAGAAACCACAACUGAAUUCAAUCUUCUCGCGGACAACUGGAAGUAUAUUCUCGCCGGUUUAAUUUGCCAGUACAUUCAUGGGCUGGCAGCUCGAGGAGUCCACUAUCUUCAUCGCCCCGGGCCCGUUCUCCAGGACACCGGCUUCUUUCUACUUCCUGAGCUUGGACAAGGGAGAGCUUACGUCAGUGAGACUGUUUUCACUUUCGUGUUUCUAUCUUUUGUUUUGUGGACCUUACAUCCUUUCAUAUUCAAGACCAAAAAGAUCUACACUCUUCUAAUAUGGUGCAGGGUCCUCGCUUUUUUAGUUGCUUGCCAAUUUCUUCGUAUCAUUACAUUCUAUUCGACUCAACUUCUAGGUCCAAAUUACCAUUGUCGAGAGGGUUCAUGACUUGCAACGCUGCCUCGUCCAGACAAUCCUCUUGAAGUUCUAGCAUCCGGAUAUGAAGAGGCAUGCAGAAAAUUGCUACAUUUUGACCGUGUAGAAAGCGAAAUAAAUGCUCGAGUUUUCUAUUCAAAUGUGGAGCAAAGAAAAGCGAUAGUUGCGGCAGAGAGGCGUGUAGUUGAUGAAAGAAAAGGGAUCGAUCCUCCAUCGUUGGAUCUUCUUGCUAGGGCAGGGGUAGCUGAUACUAGAUCAAAAGGAGAAAUAUGGAGUGAUUGGUUUUGGCUUGUGUGA